AACCCCUUUCCAACGGGCCAAUCCUCGUCUGUCUCCAUGGCAAACUACUGUGUUUCUCAACAAUGAAGGAAAAAAAUUAAUUAAAAUGACGGUUGCUCGGGCUUUUCCGGUGGUGGUCGGAAUCAGAGCCCCUUGAGUGUUUACGCGCGACGGACACAUCAGUCGCUUCUCUUGGCUUGCUGUUUCAGGUUGUUCUCAUCCAUUCAAACAAGAAACAUAGCAUCCUGCUGCAGACAUGGACACCGCCAACCAGCUUGCAUCUGUUGGGACAUUUCAAGUGCUCAAAUUACCUCUGGGAUUUAUCCGUGUUUUGGAAUGGCUCUUUGCCAUUUUUGCUUUUGCAACAUGUGGUGGCUACUCAGGGCAGCUGCGGGUCAGUGUGGACUGCAUGGAGAAGGCAAGCAGCAACCUCAGCAUCGGCAUCGACUUUGGUUAUCCUUUCAGGUUACACCAGGUAUCCUUUGAAGCACCCAUGUGUGAGGCCAUGAGGAGGGAGAGAGUCUUCCUCAUUGGUGAUUAUUCAUCCUCUGCUGAGUUCUUCGUCACCAUUGCUGUCUUUGCCUUCUUGUAUUCCCUCAUGGCCAGCGGUGUCUACGUAUUCUGUCUGAAUAAGUACCGUGAAAACAGUCGGGGGCCGCUCAUUGACUUCGUAGUGACAGUAGUUUUCUCCUUCAUGUGGCUGGUCAGUUCCUCUGCUUGGGCCAAGGCUCUGUCUGAUGUGAAAGUGGCCACUGAUCCAGAUGAGGUGCAGCUCCUCAUUCCGGCCUGCAAAAUCCAGACCAACAAGUGUGACUCUGUGCAUGGACCUCGCUGGUCUGGGCUCAACACCUCAGUGGCGUUUGGGUUUCUCAACUUCGUUCUGUGGGCUGGAAACAUCUGGUUUGUCUUUAAGGAGACCGGCUGGCACAAAGGCGCUUCAAGGUUUGCAGGCAGUGCAGCCGAGAAACAGGCCGGGACCUUUAACCAACAGCCCUACAACCAGGGAAGCUUUGACCAGUCAGGAAGUUACAACACUCAGGGAAGCCUUGAUCAGCCAUCUGAGUACAGCCAGGUGGGGGGGCCCACCUCCUACUCCAAUCAAAUGUAGCCGUGCCUUGACGUUUUGGAAGUUGGCACCUCUGCAUUUUUUAAUAAAGGCAAUCAGGUGACAGGACAGGAGGGAGGUAGAGUUUGACAUCUGUGUACAAAAGAACAAAAUGGUGGUCAUAAAGUGGGGGCAAAGUAUGCUCACUGUAAAUAAAACAACUGUUGGGUAUUGUACAAAAUUAUUAGAUGAAGUCUUUUACUUCUUCUCCUCUGUGGUUAUGUUUGCUGAAUGUUGUAUUUCCAGUAGUUUAAAACAUUGUGUUUGUGCUUGAUAAAUUGUCGUACACUGUUUUAACUGGAUGUCUCACUUAAACGGGUUGGCACUCUGUCUGGAGGGAGAAAAGGCUUUUUGUACUAGUUUUAAAGUGCAUGAUGUAUGUGUGUUAAUGAGCUCUCUGUGAAAUGAGGAGGAACAAAACAAGUUUACAUAAUUCACACAGCCCUGACAUAUCACUGAUAGCUUAUCAGAUAUUACAGCAUUUUUUAAUCUAACAGAAUAUAUUUUGAUAAUGAGUAUUUGAAACUCAUAGAUGGACUAAGAGUAUAAUUAAGGGAUAUUUCUGUUUAAUUAAUUUCAGAAGCACUCCAAAUCAUUUCUGAUAUUAAUGUCAGAAAAUCUAAAAACAAAAGCAAUAACUGCAUUCUGCCAUUACAGAGGGUUUGUGCAAGAAAAGAGAAAUGUUUAUGCAACACAUUUCUCUUUCCAUGGUUUUCCUUUUUAUUGCUGAAACUCAUAUUUUAACAUUAAGAAGGGAUUGUUUCAUGUUUUGUUUACAAGCAGCCACUCUUGAUGAAAAGUACUGAUUUUCAUGGACUCCUUUGAAAUUCUAAGCAUACUUCACACCUUUUUAAAACAUGUCCACAUUACCAGUAUAAAUUGUUAAAACACAGAACAGAAAAGCACAGCCGUACCACAGUGAUAGGUACUAUCUGUGAUCUGUACAUAAAUAACACAGUUCAGCUUCGUACAACAAAAACCUGUGCAGUUCAUGUAUUGUAAAGUCAUGACCAGAGGACAAUGCUUGGUUCCUGUUUGUUUACAUUUAUAUGACUUCCUGUGUUUUGACCUUUUGCGCAUGUAGCUUGUAAAAGAAUAAAUCCAUGUAUUUAAUAAUAGUCUGACAUCCAUGACUGUUGUGUACAGGUCCAUGAGUAUGAAUUAUAUUUUACAGGACUUAAUGUUAAUAAAGGUGCACCCAUUUGUCAAGA